UCUCUCUCCCACCUUCCCUCGCUCAGCUCCCGCCCUCCCUCGCCGUCGACGCCCUCCCUCAUCGCCCGACGCUCCCAAUCCGACCACUAUAUCGAGCUGACCCUGUCAGCGACGAUCAGCCCUCGCUUCCUGUAAACUGUAUCAUCUGUACCACCAUACACCAAUCAUCAUCCGCGUCGACCUCGCUUGCUCUAUCUCUCCCACCCUCCUCGCCCUGCAUAUCCCGUCCGACGCACAUCCCCCUUGCAUAUCGCUGCUGCGGAAGCCUCUCGAUCCGCUCUGAGACGCCUCCGCCAUGGCCACCGAUGGCGCGAAUGCCUCCUCGCACAAUACUCCCACUUCAGACCAGGUCGCGCCAAGUUGGGAAGGCGACAGAAUGUUCAAUAUCUACAUAUACGACUACUGCACGAAGCGCGGUUUUCAGAAGACCGCGUCAGAGCUUCUGAAAGAAGCCAAUAUUCCACCCCAGUCGAGCCCGCCGAUCAACGCAAAGCAGGGCCUGUUGUUCGAGUGGUGGAGCGUCUUCUGGGUACUAUUUACGGCGAAGAGUAGUGGACAGGGGCCGGAGGAUGCGAUGUUGUACACACAGCACCAAGCGGCGUCCCAAACCGCUAACCAGAAGGCGAAUCGGACAGCGCCUGGGCACCAACGGUACGCCAACGGCGUGCGACCACCGAUGCAGAACGGUCCCCAAUCCAAUGGUGUCGGGGGCCAAGUUCCUCAGCCACAGCCCGCAUCGAUGCCGAACGGUGCACCAAGCGCUGGACCUUUUCCGGGUAACGUACCACAUACCAACGGAGUGCCAGGAACGUCAGCUGGGUCUCCGGGCGGUGUACCUCCACCCCAAGGAAACGGGCCUCAACUCGGACAUGGCCAACGUGCGGGCCCACUACAGCAACGCGGCGUAAAUGGAGCUCAGUUCCAGUCGCCGACCAUGGCGCAUUCUCCCCCCAACGCUCAAGGUGGACCACAACAAAACGUCCCGAUGGGCGGAGGUCUAGGUCCGGUUGGCACCAACGCCCCGUUGACACAGAUGAACCAGCGGGGGAACAUGCUUCCUCCCAAUGGACCUGCAGGGCCGAUGGGUAACCCCCAACACACGCCGCAACCCCCAUACCAGCAGCAGCUGGGCCGCUCUCCAAGCAACCCUGGAUCACCUGGUUCUGCGAUGACCCAGCGCAGUCCGGCGAUACCGCCCCGGCAAACGUUAGACGUGCUGAAUGUGGAGUUCAACCGCAUUCCUCCGCCAUUGCUGAGCAAGCUCAAGCAAGAUUUGGGCUUCGGUGACAAGGAUCCGAACGCGUUAACGAUAGACGAGAAGCAACAACUGGUAAACCAGUUCCGACGCUACCACAUGAAGCCGCCGAACAUGCCUGGCCCCGGUCCCAGCGCGGGGCCCUCUGGGCAGCCUGGUCCAAGUCCAUUGCAACACCCAGCAGGUCUUCGGACACCGCAGAUGCAGCCUAGCGCGCCACAACAAGGGCAGCCACAACAGCAACAGGGGCAGAACCAGCAGCAACGGGGUGCGAAGAGAAACAGCACAUCGCCUGGACAGGAGCCCGAACAUUUGCCGAGGAACGAAUCUUCACCGCCAGAUCGCAAACGAGUACGUCGAUCGCCUGGCGGAGAACAGGUACAGCAACAGCAACAGCAGCAACAGCAGCAGCAGCAGCAGCAACAGCAACAACAACCGCCCCCGAUGGCACCCAUGUACCCGCCACAACCUGGCCCGCCGCCGAUGCACAACGGUAUGAUGCGGAACCCCAUGCAACCCUUCCCGGGACCUCCAAUGGGUGGUAUGAGCAACCCGAUGAUGGGCCACGGGCUAGGAGCUCCGCCGAUGAACCCCAUGAACGCGACGAUGAUGGGCGGUCCGCCCCCUGGCGGGAUGAACACUGCACAAAUCCAUCAGUACCGGCAGCAGAUGAGCGCUCUGCAUAAGGGCCCAGCACAUAUGCCACAGAUGCAUCCCGGCGGGAAUGUAGCAUCUCCGUCCGCCUCCGGUGGCCAACAGGGCGAUGAGCAGCAGCGUCAAGGCAUGCAAUACAUGGCCAGCGGUAUGCCUCCAGGGUCUCGCAUGGUACAGAACAAGCCGAUGGGGAUGCUUCCCCCUCCAUCACCCGGCAUGAACCACAAGCAAACGGGUGGGCCGAUGAAGUCGGAAGGCUCGGAAGGCCCUAUUCCAAAUGGCCACAUCGACCGGUCACCGCAGAAUGCCGCCGCAGGACACCCCCAACAGCUGCAGCAGCAUCCCCACCACCCGCAGCACCCGCAGCAGGGCCAGACGCCUCAGGGCGGCCCUCCUCACUCAGGGACGCCAGCGCCGCCAACGCCGACAGCAUCGUCGAUGACCGCUCCGUCACCGUCGGCAAUUCUAGGCACUUCGACCCCUUCGAUGUCGCAUCCGCCACCGCCCCCUCCACCCGGAUCGUCAGUGCCAACUGAUGGCCUCGACCCGACGAACUUCGGCACCAUCGACUUUGGAACCGGGACCCUCGCCGACUUCGAAGGCAGCCUGGAUCCGUCGAUCUUCGGAGCGGAAACGAGCCUCAACUUUGAGCGCGACUUCGCGGCAUGGUUCGAUCCCGAGAACGCGAACGGGGCAUGAGGAGCGAUGCGCGGAGACAAAUUGUAGCGGCGAUCACACGAUGGUGCCGGUGAACAGUGCGCUCGGUGCUCGGUAUGUGGUGUUCAUUAUCACGGUCGGACCCGUCCUGGUCGAUUCGGAGGACACUUGCUGGUUCAGUUCGUCGCGCGUUCUCAUCUUCACCGUAUCAUAUCCUCCCUCCCCCCAACGCCUUUGCAAUCUCCUAUUCUUUCUCCCAAACUCCCCGUCUUUGUCACAACUCCUCCCCCGCCCUUGCAUCGUAUACCGGCUGGCCAUAUUUAUGCCAAAAGGCCGGCAGCUCGUGUUUCCUCGCCAUCCCGGGUACACCUCACGCUCGAGAUCGUCCGGUCUCGAGCCGCCGUCCACCGUUAUUCGUAGACUAUUUGCUUGCGUCUCCGUUCACACCCGCCGUCGCCGCUGCCGUUGCGUCGGUUCAGGUGCGCUGCUGCUGUGCCACCGCGGUGUCUGCUACCGCACCUUCCCACCAUACCGCUUCCUCCUGAAGACCGCCGUCGGACUGUCUACUACCCACUCCCCCCAUGCUCCCCCCUCCAGCCCUAUCGCUGCGAUGCCUACUGUCCGGGAUGAGCCCCGAGCGUCGGAGCUCUGAACUCACCCCCUCCUCCGCCCCUCCUCACCUCACGCCUCCCAGACCCGUUCCGCCUACAUCCUUUCCCUUCGCUAUCGUGUUGUUACCCUACGCCCGCCGUCCGCCGUGUUUUCCUGGCUGAUUGAUUGACUGUUCCUCCCUAUCUCUCUAUCCCUGCCCCCCAUCGUCCAUUGCCCCCAUGUUCCAUAGUCUGUAUAGUGUGCGCUUA